AUGGAAUAUAAUUUUUCUAUAAAACCAAAAUUUAAAGGAUCAAUUACUGUAAUAUUUGGUCCUAUGUUCAGUGGAAAGUCAUCUAAAUUAUUAGAAUAUAUUAAACGUUAUUAAUAUAAAUAAUAAAGAUGCUUAGUUUUUAACUAUGUAAAUGAUAAUAGAUAUUCACAAGAAGAAUAAAUAACGACUCAUAAUGGUUAAUCUUUUAAAGCAUAAAAAAUAAGUAAUCUUUCAGAUGUUUUAAAUAUUUCAAAAAACUAUGAUGUUAUUGCUAUUGACGAGGGUUAAUUUUUUCUUGAUAUUGCUGAUAUAGCUGAUCAACUAGCAAAUUAAGGAAAAAUAGUUAUAGUUGCAGCCUUAGAUGCUUCUUUUUAAAGGAAAGCUUUUAAUAAUAUAUUGGAUUUAGUUCCUAUAUGUGAAGAAAUAAUUAAAUUAAAAGCAGUUUGCUUAAUUUGUAAAGAAGAUGCAAGUUAUUCGAAAAGAAAAGGCUCAUCUAAAAGAGUUGAAAUGAUUGGAGGUGAAGAAUUAUAUUUCCCAGUUUGCAGAGUUUGCUUUAAUGAGAACUUAAUAAAUCUAAAUAGAAAAUGA